GAUGGCGAGGGCAGACGGCCAGUCUGAUAGAGUAGCUGUCAGUCUUGUUUGCAGCCGUUGCUGCCAACCUCUCGUACUCGAACCGACGUUCUCGACUCUGACAUCAGAGAACUUGACAAAACUAACAACUGUUGCUAAGACUGAAGACGUGAGCAGUGAUUCUAGUACGUCUGAUGUCUCGUCGGAAUACAAGGAGCAUGAUGUCGUGCACAGAAGAGAAAUUACUAGACCCAGGGCAUCUGUAGCUCCCGGAAGCGAGUUUUCUCUCAUAACUUCUUCCGAUCAGGUGAAGAUGGAAAAUCUGAGCUACAGACUUAAAGUGACUGCGCAGGUAUUUGAUAUUUUGUCUGGGAUGUCAGAUGUCGACCACCCUUUGUGCGAGGAAUGUGCCGAUUUGAUAUACAAAGAACUAGAAAAAGAGAUCGAAUUAGCUGAGAAAGAGAAAGAAUGCUACAGUGCUUUUUUGGAUAAGCUAAACAAAGAAGAGGAGUCAAGCGACGGAGCCGUGUGUGAAGAACUCGAGACCUUGCUGAAAGAAGAAGAAGAAUGGAAGAGACGAUUGGAGUCCGUGGAGGGAAAACGGGCUGAGCUUGCGAAAGCGAUGGAAAAGGAACGAGAAGUGUUGAAGAAAUUAGAGCAGGAAGAACAAAAGUACUUGAAGGAUUUGAAUUCGUUUCAGCGGCAGCAGAUGGAGCUAGACGAUGAAAAACGCAGUGUUGACUUACGAUUGAAGCAGGCGCAAGUCCAACUCAAGAAGCUGAAAGAGACGAACGUGUUUAACUGCACUUUUCAUAUUUGGCAUAGUGGUCACUUUGGCACUAUCAAUGGUUUUAGACUCGGUCGACUGCCUGGCGUUCCUGUUGAGUGGAACGAGAUCAAUGCCGCUUGGGGUCAGUCCGUUCUCCUGUUGCAAUCGCUUGCGACCAAAAUGAAGUUGAAGUUUGAAAGGUACCGGCUUGUACCAUUUGGCAACCAGUCAUACAUUGAGGCUGUGGGAGAGAAAAAGAGCAAGCUGCCUCUGUAUGGCACUGGAGGGCUACGAUUCUUGUGGAACUCGAAGUUUGACCAAGCGAUGGUUGCUUUCCUAGAUUGUUUACAACAGUUCAAGUUGCUGAUCGAGAGAAUGGAAACAGGCUUUAAUCUGCCAUACAGAAUCGAUAAAGAGAAAAUCGGUGACACGGCCAGUGGAUUGUUUUCAAUCAAAAUCACACUCAACUCCGAAGAACACUGGACAAAGGCACUGAAGUUUAUGUUGACUGAUCUGAAAUGGGGAUUAGCUUUUGUAGCCGCUCAGUCAGACAAAGACCAGUAGGGAUGCAGUCGGGAUAGUGAACAUGAGAAUGUUGUAUAAUUAUGUGUACAUGAUGUAAUAUGGCUAUGCCAUAUAUGUCUUAUGACAUUGGCUCAUGCCUACUGACGUUAAUUGAUUUUUAAUUUGAUUAAUUUAUUAGUACAUCUCAGGGAAAUACAUUGACGUUUAAAAGUG